AUGGCGGCGCCCGCAGCACAAAGCGACACAUGCGAGAGUAAAUCAGACAUGGCAGCUGGUAGAGCGGUUUCCUCUGCGGUCCCUCUUACUCUCCGGAUUGUAGCCGAGUGUCCGGUGAGCAAGGCGCGGGCGUGUGUGCUCACACUUCCCCACGGCAGCGUUAACACGCCGGUGUUCAUGCCGGUCGGCACGCAGGGCACCAUGAAGGGAAUCACCGCCGAGCAGCUGGAACAGCUGGACUGUCACAUCUGCCUCGGGAACACGUAUCACCUGGGCAUGAGGCCGGGUCCUGAUCUGAUCGAGAAAGCCAACGACCUGCACGGAUUCAUGAACUGGAAGCGAAACCUCCUGACGGACAGUGGAGGUUUUCAGAUGGUGUCUCUGGUGGAGUUGUCUGAGGUGACGGAGGAGGGAGUCCUGUUCCGCUCCCCAUACGACGGGAAAGAGAUCCUGCUCACUCCCGAGCAGUCCAUCGGCAUUCAGAACAGCCUCGGCUCGGACAUCAUGAUGCAGCUGGACGACGUGGUCAGUAGCACGAUGACGGGGCCGCGGGUGGAGGAAGCCAUGCAUCGCUCUGUGCGCUGGCUGGACCGCUGCAUCGCCGCCAAUAAAAAUCCACAUCGGCAAAACCUGUUCGCCAUCAUUCAGGGGGGCCUUAAUGCGGAGCUGCGCAGGGCGUGCUUGGACGAGAUGACGAAGAGAGACGUGCCCGGCUUCGCCAUCGGCGGUCUGAGUGGCGGAGAGGAGAAGGACGACUUCUGGAGGAUGGUGACUCUCAGCACAGACCACCUGCCCAGAGAGAAGCCUCGCUACCUGAUGGGAGUCGGAUACGCCGUGGACCUGGUGGUGUGCGUCGCUCUGGGCUGCGACAUGUUCGACUGCGUUUUCCCGACUCGCACAGCUAGAUUUGGCUCGGCCCUGGUUCCCUGGGGUUCUCUGCAGAUCAGACAGAAACAGUACGCGAAGGAUUUCCAGCCCAUCGAUCCCGACUGCGAGUGUCCGACCUGCAGGAGGCACAGUCGAGCGUACCUGCACGCGCUGUUUAAGAGCGACACGGCCGCCAUGCACCACAUCACCAUCCACAACAUCUCCUACCAGCUCACUCUGAUGCGUUCAGUGCGGCAGAGCAUCAUCGAGCAGCGCUUCCCCGAGUUUGUACGCAGCUUCAUGAGGAGGCUGUUCCCCCACGCCAAGUCGUACCCGAGCUGGGCCGUGGAUGCUCUCGCUUCGGUCAACAUCACUCUGGACGGAAAAGACGUUCAGGACGAGCUCUAAACUUUCACUCACAGUGAGGGAAGUGUGUCAGUUUGCUUCCUUUUUUUUUUUAAAUGUUGGUAUGUAAAUUUUAAUACUUCUGACGCAAACGUUACUUCUCCUUUCCAGCCUUGACAUCUGUCCAGAUGUUCACUUUGGUCCUAUUUUAGUGACCUCAAGACUGGGUUUUUUUUAAAAAAUCUAAACAGUGUCUGUUUUUAAGCAGUGUCCUCAGCGUUGGGGAAUUCUUUUCUAUUACUGCUCUAUUUAUUUUCACAAAAGGAACAUUUUAUUUCUCCUGCUGCUUAUGGAGCGGGGGUGGGGUUAAAUGUAUACACAUCAAGAUUUUUAAAAUUCCUUAUUUUUGCUCUUGAGUCAAGUUUUAUUCAUUCUGUAACCAUGGCUUUUAUUUUAACACGCACGUGCACACUUGGUGCAUUAGUCAAGCUGUUCUUCACAUUAGAGUAUUAGCAGAAAUCAUGGAUUGAGGAGUUUCUGUUCUAUUUUUAUUCUCUUUACAGCUUCUCUUGUACCUAAUAUUCAGGGUUUGGACUGAGAAGGAAUGAAUGAUUUCUACAAAUCAAAGCUGAUGUGGAGAAUCAGAUGAAUAAAGUGCUGCGCUACCUGAUCUGACCACUAGAGGGCAGGAUGGACAACAGGGCUGCAUUAAUAGCUGUGUCCCAAACCACGUCCUGCAUUAUUAUACAGUGGGAGAGUAAAACACCAGGUGGUGUUUUAAUAUUUUAACAUUUUGAUAUUCAUUAAUCUACUGCACAAGUAAUAUGACUCAAUUAGGUUUUUUUUUUUUAAAUAUAAUAUACUGAGACUAAAAUGAGUUACUUUUCUUAUGUAAAUCGGUACAGGUUUGUUUUUUAUCUUGGACAUAAACCGUUUGCUUGCUGGUGUUUUUUUUUUAUAAAUAGAAUCAAGGAAUUGUAAAAUGGCUUUUUUUCUUUUCCCCCUCAUCAUUUCAAAACUUAAAUAUUUUCGCAGCAUUUCCAAAGUUAGAGUAAAAAUAACGGGUUAAGAAAACUAUUUUCACUAAAUUUUGUCCAAACUGUCAUUUUCUUUGGAAACUUUGUGUACUACACUGCAGAUAUUACAUAAUAUUUUACUUGUA